GUGGCUGAUCGUGCCGACGCUGUGGAUUGAAGUGCAUGCCAGGGCCCGACGAAUCGAGCAUCUUACUGUCGCCUGUAACACACUGGAGGCCGAGUUUGGCCACAUUGUGCGCGUAGUGAAAAAGCCUCGCGUUGGUGCUUGGAUGCUCGUUCUUGUGUCGGUGAUGCUGCCGCUGCAGGAGUUGUCCUGGAUGACGUUCGUCGAGUUCAGUCUGGCCGACGCUGCAAACUCACCCGUGCACGUGUACGUCAACGAACUUCUGCUCGUGGGAAUGAUGGUGCCCGCUCUGUGCUCCCUCAGCUUGCACCGCCUUGCUUCAGCCCUCGCACAAGAACUGGCCAAGGAAUUGACGUGCAGCCACGUAAUGGCUCAGCGGGUGCGAACAUAUCGUCACGCAUGGAUUCAGCUCUCAUCUGUCAUCAAUGGUCUCAUACUAACGCCAAUCAGCAUGUGCAUGGUAGUUGGGAUGGUGGUGGUGCUCAUAACGAUGCACACCUACGAGGCGCUCGAGAAGCUAAUGGCUGGUCACCUCCAGGUUUCGCUCCUCGCGUUCCUGGUCGGUAUGCCGUAUGUUAUUCUAAUGUUGACGCUGUGUGAGACAUCCCACCGUGCGUCUAAAACGAUUCGAAACGACUUUCUAGCCGUCCUCCAACCACCUCGUCUCUACAUUUCUAAGGCAUCUACUCGAAGUGAGCUACAUAGAUUUUUGGAGACAGUCUGGUGGAACAGCGAUGGAACGGCUGUAGGCGGAUUUUUUAAAUUAAAACGGAGCAGUUUCGUUGCGGUUAUGGCCGCUGUUAUUACCUACGCCUUCAUUAUGCUGCAGUUCCAUUUGAGCGUCUUGUCGCCGUCUGCGCUGUCUGAUUAAAGUAGUGAACGCUUGGAACAAGCCGUCCUACACUGUUAGAAAUUUCCACGGAAUUUUGAACGGAAUUAAAAAAUACUAGUAGCAGUUACUAGGAUCUUAGUACCAGGUACCAGACAGUCUAGUAAAAUAGGAACCAACUAGGAAUCUAGUAAAAGAUACCAGACAGGCUAGUAACACAAAGUCUAGUAAAAUUUACCAGAUGUCUAGUUACAGAUACCACACAUUUUCUUUCCAAAAAGUGUUCAAAAAAUAUACGAAUGCAAUAUAGAAGAUGUCUGCCCGUUACUACGGUUACAACGGGUACUCGUUAACCCACGAAAUUUCGAAGCCCUGACCGAGUUUCGAACCGCGGACCUUUGCCUUGGAAGUCCGCACCCUAGACCACUCGGCUACGGUGACUACCUGAGUAGAGAGGCGUGCGUAACGAGUGUGAUGCCACCGCCGCCGGACCACAGGCAUAGCCUAGUAAACGUGCAGUCUGGUAAAAAUUACUAUACAGUUUGGUAAACAUAACCAGACUCAGUUACUAGACAGCUGGUACCUGUAACUAUACCUGUGUUAGUAUACGAUACUAAACUUCUCGUAAAGCUUAGUAUUAUCCUAGUUGUAAUAACUAGCAUCCAUUUAACUAGGAUUUGUCUGGUAUCUGUUACUAGUCCUUUUUUUCAGUGCAAUAACAUAAAUCUCUAUGGGUAGCUCAAUUGUUUAAACUAUUUGUUUCUAAAAUUAUUUAAUAUUUAAUUUGACGGGGAAAAUGUACGGGAUGCACCGUUAUUUGAAAUACGGACAAGUCCGUAUCUUUACAGUCAUCCCGUUACGGUUUGGUACCGUAUUUGGAAUUAACGGUGAGUUCCGUAAGAAUUCCGUAAUUAGCCUACGGAAUUUCUAGAGAGGCGUGCGUAACGAGUGUGAUGCCACCGCCGCCGGACCACAGGCAUAGCCUAGUAAACGUGCAGUCUGGUAAAAAUUACUAUACAGUUUGGUAAACAUAACCAGACUCAGUUACUAGACGGCUGGUACCUGUAACUAUACCUGUGUUAGUGUACGAUACUAAACUUCUCGUAAAGCUUAGUAUUAUCCUAGUUGUAAUAACUAGCAUCCAUUUAACUAGGAUUUGUCUGGUAUCUGUUACUAGUCCUUUUUUUCAGUGCAAUAACAUAAAUCUCUAUGGGUAGCUCAAUUGUUUAAACUAUUUGUUUCUAAAAUUAUUUAAUAUUUAAUUUGACGGGGAAAAUGUACGGGAUGCACCGUUAUUUGAAAUACGGACAAGUCCGUAUCUUUACAGUCAUCCCGUUACGGUUUGGUACCGUAUUUGGAAUUAACGGUGAGUUCCGUAAGAAUUCCGUAAUUAGCCUACGGAAUUUCUAACAGUGUAAACUGUCGCCGAACUGACGCAUCCUAACAAUGUCCUAUCUACACUGUAAACCCCGGGAAUCUAGCAGGCAGGCGACAAAGUCGCCUGGCCCAAAAAAACUAGGCGACUUAAGUCGACUACGUGCUGUACACUUAGGUGCAUUUCCCGAGGUCUGGGCUACUGGAACCAAAUGCAAUGUAUAUCAGUGGAGCAUAGCAAAUGCAUGGGAGAGUGAUAGGGGUAGUAAAGACACUAAGCAGCAAAGCCGCCCACUCAUUGGACACAUGAGGUAUCCAGAUGUCAGGCGUAUUACAGGCUGUCCAGUUACGGGACAUAAUAGUUAUGUGUGGAAAAUAUGUGCAGUACCAGUGUGCCCAUCAUAUAUCCCAAAAUGUGAUUGGUUGGCUAUUUAGGAAAAUCUGAAAAUACACACUUUAGCACCACAACCCCUGGAAUGGUUGGAUAACUUACCUUUGUUCUCCGGUGUAAGAAUAAGGCCAUGCCACCUUUAUCCUAAAAUUUUUGCUAAAUAACGGAAGCACGCAAGAC